AUGAAGUAUCUUCUGCUUCUGGCCCUCCUCAUAUGCCUUUCAUUUAGUGUUGGUGGAAAGAUCUUUGGACGCUGUGAAUUGGCCCGAGUGUUGAAGAAAGCUGGCUUGGAGGGAUAUCGUGGAUACAGUCUGGCUGAUUGGGUCUGCUUAGCCUUCUAUGAGAGCCACUUUGACUCGGCGCUUGUGGACCAUGAAGCUGAUGGCAGCACCAGUAAUGGCAUCUUUCAGAUUAACAGUCACAUUUGGUGUGAAGAUUACAAACACGGGAAACCAAACCUCUGCCAAAUGCAUUGCAGUGAUCUGCUGACAAGCAAUAUCAAUGAUGAUAUCGUCUGUGCCAUGCGGAUUGCACAAGGACCCAGAGGCCUGGGAUCUUGGAUGGGUUGGAGAGAAAAUUGUGAAGGUCUACAGUUGUCCGUCUGGUUGAAAGGAUGCAAGUUAUGA